AUGCUUUUGCACCCCUUCAGGAGCCAAGACAACCCGGAAGGCUACGUCCUCAUCGCCGUGGCCGAGAACAAGCUGCACAGCGACGCCUUUGCGCACAGGAUGCAGGAAGCCCUUGCCCGACCCCUGCCGGACUGGGUGAUGAACUACACCAUGAUGACCGGCGACCCCCGGCUGCAGGAGGUGCUGGCCGCCCUGCUGCGCCACACCUUCCUGAAGGGCUUUGAGGUGCGAGCAGGCGACCUCGUGAUCAGCAACGGGGUCACCCCCCUCCUGGACCACCUCUUCUUCACGCUGGCCGACGCGGGCGAGGGGGUGCUCAUCCCUGCCCCUUACUACCCCUCCUUCGACAUGGAUCUCAUGGCCAAGGACGAUGUGGUUCCAGUGCCGUUCUACCUCGUCGAAGACGGCGACGUGACUGCCCAGUUGGCCCAGGCGGCGGCCGCGGCAGCCGAGGCCGGGUCGCCCAUCCGCGCCCUCCUCAUCACCAACCCUAACAACCCGCUGGGCAUCGUGUACUCAACCGCCACGCUCAAAUCCAUGCUUGAGUGGAGUGUGAAGAAUGGCGUCCACCUCGUCAGCGACGAGAUCUAUGCGCUGAGCGUGCACGGCGAGGCGACCUUUGUGAGCAUGCAGCGCGUGGCUCAGGGGUUGGUGGAGGAGGGGGCGCUGACGCAGGAGGGCGUGGACACCCACCUGCACCUGCUCUGGGGAAUGAGCAAGGACUUUGGCGGGUCGGGGCUGCGCCUUGGCGUCCUGCACACCCGCAGCGCCAGCCUGAAGAAGGUUUUUGGCUCCAUCUCACCCUUCUCCCAGGCGAGCAAUCUUGUGCAGUAUGCCCUGACGGUCGUGCUCUCUGACCUUGACUGGGUGGAUGCCUGGGUGGCAGAGAACCAGAGGCAGCUGGCCCUGUCCUACUCAGCAUUCUCAGGCACCUAUUUCUUCUCGACAGCCGCGCUGACAGAGGCGGGCAUCCCUUUCACCCCCGCCACCUCUGCCAUGUUUGUGUGGCUGGACCUCAGGAAAUGGCUGCCGAAGCAGGGCUGGGAGGGGGAAGCCGCCCUCUGGCAGCGCAUCUGCGAUGAGGCCAGGGUGGUCGUCACCACCGGGCACAGCUGCCAUGCCGCCGAGCCCGGCUACUUCCGAGUCUGCUUUGCCUGGGUCCCAGCCGAGGCCCUCGUGGUGGCAGCGACCAGGCUUUCUGCCGUCCUGGAUGGAGCUGCGGACACAUGA